AACACGUGGAUGGAUGGACAGAUGGACUGAUGGAGAGGGAGAGACACAGAUUGAUAGGCGGAGAGACACUGAGUUAAAGAGAGAGAGUCGGUGUCCUUUACGCACGUCACGUCCUUGCCACUCCAUUACCCAGAGUUCGCAGAGGAGGUGAUGACAGUCUGUGUUUAACUUUAGUUUGUAAAUGUUUCUUUUGAACACUUUAAUGACUUCUUCUUCUGCCAGCCUGCGGUUGUGUGUGUCUGCUAGGACUGUUCGGUAGGCCUACUACAUGCUGCGGAGCUGCUGCCCCGACCUCCCCUCGGCUUUAGAGCAGGUGUUUUUGACACGCUAAUCGUUCAUUAGAAGUGACUCUUUGGACAGGUUUCGAGCGUCUAAUCCGGGAGGACAUGUCGGGACAGAAGCCGGCCUUGAAGAGCGGCGGCUCCCCUCAGAGCCGCUUCCAGGUGGACACGGUGACAGAAGCAGCAGCCGCCCCGGCCUCCACAGAUGCAUCCAAGCCACCCGAGGAGUCCAAAGGACGGUUCAGGGUGGUGGGCUUCCUGGAUGCAGGCACCCUGGGCAGCGCCAUGGAUAUCGGGCUCCCGCCGGAUGUCUUCCACGAGCCGGACACGGCGCGGAGCGACUCGGUCAGCCUCCAUUCAACGGGCACAGGACAUACGCACAUCUCCGACUCCCACUCCAACACCUACUACAUGAGGACCUUUGGACACAACACCAUAGACGCCGUGCCCAACAUCGACUUCUACCGGCAGACCGCUGCGCCUUUCGGGGAGAAGUGGGGCAGACCGUCGCUGUCGGAGCUGCACGAUGAACUCGAUAAAGAUCCGUUUGAAGACGGACUGGCCAAUGGAGAGGAGCCUUCAGCAGCUGAGGAGGCAGCGGCGGCGUUGGCGGCAAAGAAUGCUAAAGGAGGAACUAUCAAGUUUGGUUGGGUCAAAGGAGUCCUGGUCCGCUGCAUGCUGAAUAUCUGGGGUGUGAUGCUUUUCAUCCGAAUGACCUGGAUCGUUGGCCACGCUGGAAUCGGUCUCACCAUUGCGAUCAUUCUGAUGGCGAGUGUCGUCACCACCAUCACUGGUCUGUCCACCUCUGCUAUAGCAACCAACGGCUUCGUACGAGGAGGCGGAGCAUACUACCUGAUCUCCAGGAGUCUGGGACCGGAGUUCGGAGGGUCCAUCGGUCUCAUCUUUGCUUUUGCCAACGCAGUGGCUGUGGCCAUGUACGUCGUAGGCUUUGCAGAGACAGUCGUUGAGAUGCUUAACGAUGUCGAUGCUUUGAUGACUGAUGAGCUAAAUGAUAUUCGUAUCGUUGGAACUCUGACUGUCAUCCUGCUGCUGGGAAUCUCUGUAGCAGGGAUGGAGUGGGAAGCCAAGGCUCAGAUCGUCCUCCUGGUGAUCCUUCUGGCAGCCAUCGCAAACUACUUCAUAGGAAGCUUCAUGUCAAUGGAAAGCAAAGACCCCAAAGGAUUCUUUGGCUACAAUUCUGCUAUCCUUUUAGAGAACUUUGGUCCAGACUUUAGAGAUGAGGAGACAUUCUUCUCAGUAUUCGCCAUUUUCUUCCCUGCGGCCACCGGGAUCCUGGCUGGAGCCAACAUCUCCGGAGACCUCACAGACCCCCAGUCGGCGAUCCCUAAAGGUACUCUGCUGGCCAUUCUCAUCACAGGAAUCACAUACAUUGCCGUUGCCAUCUCUGCAGGCUCCUGCAUUGUCAGGGAUGCCACUGGCGAUCAAAACGACACGGUGAGCGACACGGUGAACUGCACCGACGCCGCCUGCACGCUGGGCUACGACUUCUCCAUCUGCAAGGAGGGAGGCUGUCAGUUCGGCCUGAUGAACGACUUCCAGGUCAUGAGUCUGGUGUCAGGAUUCGGUCCUCUGAUCUCUGCAGGGAUUUUUUCAGCUACUCUGUCCUCAGCUCUGGCCUCGCUGGUCAGCGCGCCCAAAGUCUUCCAGGCGCUAUGUAAGGACAACAUAUAUCCAGGACUGGGUAUGUUUGCAAAGGGUUAUGGGAAGAACAACGAGCCUCUCCGUGGUUACGUCCUGACCUUCUUCAUCGGCCUGGCCUUCAUCCUCAUUGCGGAGUUGAACAUCAUCGCUCCCAUCAUCUCGAACUUCUUCCUGGCGUCGUAUGCUCUCAUUAACUUCUCUGUCUUCCACGCCUCCCUGGCCAACUCUCCAGGGUGGCGCCCAAGUUUCAAGUACUACAACAUGUGGGUGUCUCUGGCCGGGGCGGUGCUGUGCGUGGUGGUCAUGUUUGUCAUCAACUGGUGGGCGGCUCUGGUCACUCUGCUCAUCGUCCUCGCUCUAUACAUCUAUGUCAGCUACCACAAACCUGAUGUGAACUGGGGUUCGUCCACCCAGGCUCUGAUCUACAACCAAGCUCUGACUCACUGUAUGAACCUCACUGGAGUCGAAGACCACAUUAAAAACUUCAGGCCGCAGUGUCUGGUGAUGACUGGGUAUCCAAACUCCCGUCCUGCUCUCAUUCAGCUGGUGAAUUCUUUCACAAAGAACGUGGGCCUCAUGGUCUGCGCUCACGUCAGGACAGUGACCCGUCGGCCAAACUUGAAGGAGUUAUCUCAGGAACAUGUCCGAUGUCAGCGCUGGCUCAAUAAAAAACGUAUCAAGGCUUUUUACACUCAUGUGUUUGCUGACAACCUGAGACACGGGGCGCAAUUCCUUAUGCAGGCAGUUGGUUUGGGUCGUCUGAAGCCCAACACUCUGGUAAUGGGUUUCAAAAACAACUGGAGUGAUGGAGACAUGAGAGAAGUGGAGAUUUACAUCAACACCAUACACGAUGCCUUUGACCUGCAGUUCGGAGUGGCGAUCCUUCGGCUACAGGACGGACUGGAUAUCUCUCACAUCCCGGGACAAGAUGAGCUGGUGUCGUCCCAUGAGAAGCCACCUUUUGAAAGUAAGGAGAUGGUGGUUACCGUCAGUCUCUCUAAAGACCCAGAAUCUGACUAUCCUUCAAAAAUCACCAGCAACCAGAGCAGCCCACUCAUCACGAUAGAUUCCAAGUCUCCUCUGAGCCUGACUGACCAGCGUCUGCUGGAGAACAGCCAGCAGUUUAAGAAGAAGCAGGGCAAAGGAACCAUAGAUGUUUGGUGGUUGUUUGAUGAUGGAGGUCUGACUCUGCUGAUUCCCUUCCUGCUGACCAAUAGGAACAAGUGGGGUGACUGCAGGAUCCGCGUCUUCAUCGGCGGGAAAAUCAACCGCAUCGACCACGACCGCAGAGCCAUGGCCACGCUGCUCAGCAGGUUCAGGAUCGACUUCUCUGACAUCCAUGUCCUCGGAGACAUCAACACCAAGCCCAAAAAACACAGUAAGCUGAGCUUUAAGGAGCUGAUUGAGCCGUACAGGCUGAAGGAAGACGAUAUGGAGCAGGAAGCUGCAGAGAGGCAGAAGGCCCUGGAGCCCUGGAGGAUCACUGACAACGAACUGGAGCUCUACAGGGCAAAGAGCAACCGCCAGAUCCGACUGAACGAGCUGCUGAAGGAACACUCCAGCAUGGCAAAGCUCAUCGUCAUGAGCAUGCCUCUGGCCAGGAAGGGCACGGUGUCGAGCGCCCUCUACAUGUGCUGGCUGGAAACUCUGUCUAAAGAACUACCGCCUCUGCUGCUGGUCCGAGGAAACCACCAGAGUGUCCUCACAUUCUACUCUUAGCGAACACACUGCACGCAUGCACGCACACACACACACACACACACACACACACACACACACACACACACACACACACACACACACACACACACACACACACACACACACACACACACACACAUACAGGGUCCACACACUGACAUGGUGUGGGUUACAGUUACACCGCCUACAGCUGCACAACAACAGAGAUAUUAUGAUGCUUAAAGUUUUGUGCCACACUUCUGAAACACUGCUGCUGUGAAAAAAGUCUAAUGUUUUUCCAUUUGUCUUCAGUUCAGUACAUGUCUGUCUCAUUAACAAAUGUACUGACCAAAUCAUUAUCUUUUAUGUGCAGCCCAAUAACUGGCUGUAUAUUCUGUGGCUUCUGUACGGUGGCUGACAAGUGCAAAAGCGCAACAAUAGCCAAAAACACCUACAUUUGGAGAAAUGCGCUGCAGUUUCAAACACGAUGCAAAUAUAAAAACAGAAAUGUGCCACGUUUUCAAAACGAAAAGAAGUUCAAAACACAACAGAAACGGGGACGCUAAAAAGUGAUGCACACAGCUGGGACCGGAGGGCUUGUUAAUGUUAGGGAUGGUACAUUUGGCCAACUGUCACUGUUGGCACAGUCUGUUUCAUAAUUGUAAAUGUUUUGUCAGUAUAUUUGAAAUGAUUAGGUUAGCUACGUUAGCUAGCUAGCUUACAGCAGAUCUGCAUAUAUAUUGGAAGGAAUCAUGCGAUGAAAUUGUUCAAAUAAGCCAAAAAACAACAACAUUUUAGCAAUUUUAUAAUCCCUGGACGUCAACCAGCGCUCCGGUCCCAGCUUUGUGCCUCACUUUUUAGUGUCCUCAUUUCACAUUGAUUUUGAGCACAUUUCUCCUGAAGGAAAUGUUUUUAGGCGUUGUAGGGCAUUUGCACUUGGCGGCCACCGUACUUCUGUGAAUUUUUAUUUAAACUGCAGUGCAAAUUAACUUAUUUUAUUGUUUAUUUAUAUUUAUUAAGUCAUGUUUCAGAAUGUUUCAGAAUGUUUGCUGGUAUUCAGAUGGCCUGUGUCUUGAAAUUGUAUUUUCACAGGGUUUCCAGUAGCAAGACACUGUAUUUGAGGUAACAUUAUUUUGUACACUGUUUGAUUAAAAUAUUUACUAAA